GCGCACGCGCAUCUAAAACAUACAACCCCAUAAGAAAAACAAUUAAUUAAAAACAAAAUGAACAAUGCCGAAUUAUAUCAUAAAAGUAACACGCUGCAAAAGAGGGAUGCCCGACAAUGUUUAGAAGAGUAUGCAAAAAAAAUUAAAUGGAAAAGCGAGGGUGAUGCCGUUAUAGACAUCGGAUGCGGAGAUGGCAGCGUCACUACCAAUAUACUGAAAACUUUCUUACCUAAUAACUGCAAGGAGCUUAUAGGAUGCGACAUUAGCGAGAAAAUGAUACAGUUUGCUAACGAACACCACGCCAUGGAUAACAUCAGCUUCACGCGGCUCGACAUAGAAGGUGAACUGCCUGAUGAACUUCGUGAGAGAUUCCACCACGCAUUUUCCUUUUACACUCUACAUUGGGUUAGACAACAGGAAACAGCAUUUUCAAAUAUCUACGACCUUCUGGUGAGUGGUGGCGACUGUCUCCUGGUAUUUCUUGGUCAUAUGCCGGUAUUCGAUGUAUACAGACUCCUUGCUAGAUCAACUCGUUGGAGUUUCUGGCUGAAAGACGUGGACCGAUUCGUAUCGCCAUAUCACGAUUGUCAGGACCCUGAGAAAGAUAUAAAGAGAAUGAUGACGACGAUAGGAUUUAAAAACGUGGAAGUCAAAUGUGUUCAGAAACUAUUCGUGUACACCAGCGUGGAAGCCGUUAAGAAGGCGGUGAAUGCCGUUAAUCCAUUUAAAAUACCGGUAGAAAUGCAGGAAGAAUUUUUAGAGGAUUAUGUUAAAAUAGUUCGAGAUAUGCAGCUCGUGGAUCACGUAAAUAACAACGUAGACGGACCUGUCCACGUGAGGACCAACUACAACCUCAUUAUAGUAUAUGGUAAAAAGUAAACAAAUAAAUUAUAACUUAUUAAAAUAUAUGAUUUAUAACAUUAAGGGUCAAUUUCGCCGCUGAUACAAAAUGAAGCUAUUUAAAUAUGUUGUAUUUUAAUUUUUUAAUUAUAUAUAAUGUGGCCUCCUUUUUGGUAUUUAUCAGCUGGUGAAAUGAGUUUUUUAAAAUUUUUAUAAAGAAGGUUAAAUUUUAUUUGUAUGUGUAUUAACUGCAAAAUAAGGUACCUGAUAGUACAACAAUUUAAUAUAAUUCACUUAGUGUAAUACUUAUUUAUGCUGUUAUUUUUAUAUAAUAAUAAAGCUAUGACAUAUUUUUCUUAUAAAUUAUAUAAUAAAAAAAAAAUUGGUAUAUAUAAUAUAAGAAUAAAGUUACGCUGUUAAACAAUAUCACCUCCGUCUUAAAUAAAUAUACUUAGAUGUGGUGUCACGAUGUAGAUAUUCCGUAUAAACUCUGAGACUGACUGACUGAUUUUUAUCAUAUUCCGUAACUCUUUAAUUAGGUCCAACUUAAAAGUUUGUUUUUAUCUCUAUUACUAACCUUCAUUUUGCCUCGUAAAACAUUAAGGCUGGUUGGAUAUAAAAAGAUAGAACCUCAAUAAAGGAAUUAUGAUAUAUGUUAGUUUAGGCUGAGCUAGCCAACAUUUACGAGGGCAAAGAAGUGGACAAAAGCUAUUUUAAUAUAUGUUAAGUUAAUGUUAAAAAAAAAAAUAGUAAAUUAUUUUAUUUAUCA